AUAGUCUUGACUCCGUUCAUGUCCGUACACUAUGCCUAACAAAUUUGGGAAAAAACUCCGGGGAAUAGGGGUUCACGUGUCCUCAAAAAUGGCUCAGAAAGAUGUCAAUAACUUUUACUUCCGCCAGUUGAGGAAGAUAACAUUUUCCAAGCCACCUGACUGCACUGGGCAGAGGAACUCGCUCCUGGUUUCUUCUAGUAGGUGUGGCUUGACUGUACUUGGAACAGGAGAAGGUAUUGUUUUAUUUAAGACAUCAGCAUUGAUGAGAGCUAACGAUGAUCCUUCACUUGGGAAAUCACAGACUGCUCCUCUACAGUUGUUGAGUCCUGUAUCAGUACAGCUGCCUGGUAAAGUAUCCCACAUUGCCCUCAACUGCACCGAGACUCUCCUCUGUGUCUGUAUAAAACACUCUAAGGCUCCACAGGGACCUCCUGCUUUAUAUUGUAUGGUAUACAACCUUGAGACACUUUAUACUGGAACGAGUCCUCGAACUCCAUUGACAACAGUUGAGAUGAAGAUACCACCUCAUGUUUGUGUGACCUGCCUUAUAUGGAAUACUGGCAUAGCCUCCGACCAUUUAGCCAUAUCUUUAUCAUCGGGCGAUCUCCUGCUCAUCAGUGCUGGACAAAACCCUUCAAAACUCUUAAUGCAGAAAAGCAUUGAGGCAUCUUGCAUCUGUUGGAGCCCUAAAGGGAAGCAGAUUGCUGUUGGAACUAAGAAUGGUAAAAUCAUCCAGCUAGGAGAUGACUUGAAGGUGAAGAAAGAGAUAGCUUGCCCAAACAUUUUCAAUGGAGAGCAAAGACAAGUGUCUGACUUAUAUUGGAUCAGCACUUAUGAGUUUGCUGCUGUGUACUCUCCUCCCGGUCCGCCUAGUCCUGAUGACUUACCUCCUCAAUCAUCAUUCGUCAUAGUGACAGGCAGCAAAGAUAAGCCAGUCUCAGUUCUUGAUUUUGGUGAUAUUUAUUAUGCUUCCGGUUAUAACCUUUUCCACUUUAUGUUCCGGUUCAUUCAGCCGUGGAGUGUCCUAUUAACUGGGUCUGCUAGUUCUGUUGGCAUUAUCAUCGUUGGACACUCAAAAGAUACUAAAUCUUGGGAUGAGUGGGUCACCCCUGAUUCUGGGCGGGCUGAGGUUCCUCUUGAUUCAAACAGCGACGAGUGCUAUCUUGCCGGAGUGUCACUGGAUUUCUCGUCAACUAAACCAGCUGUGAUAAAUGAUGCCCUUACUUUACCACCGUGUCCUAUUUUCAUGUUGUAUUCAACUGAUGGUGUUUUGGUACCUUAUGAGGUCAUCAAAGAAGACGCUCCUCCUGAUGAAUUAAGAGAAUUAGUACAACCACCUGCCAUAACACUAGGGGACCCUAGACCAGUCACUAGUCCUGUUAGAGGGGGAGGGGUAACCCCGCCUUCUUCUAAUUCUUCUCAAGCUCCAAGUGGUGGAGUGACUGGUGNGGGUGUGGCUAAUUCAGGUAUUCCCUCUCAAGGCGGGGUUGGGAUUGGUCGCGGUCAGGCUAGUUUAGGUAGACCUGGUCUGUUGCAGCAACAACCAACGAGUAGUUUAGGUUUCUCAGUGAGUUCUUUAACGAAUCAACCAACUGCUGUCAGUAAUCCAUCUGCUCUCGCUAAUACAAUAUCUCAAACUACAGCCUCCGUUACAACUCCAUUAAGUACUCCUCUUUCUACUCCUAUAGCCCAACGGCCUUUAGCUAUACCAAAGUUUAACCUGUCAACUGGUUCUGGUGUUCAAUCACUUCCUCCAUCAUUCACCACACCAUCAGCUCCUCCUCUUAGACCUCCUUCAACUCUCUCUCCCACUGCUCCUCCUUCUCUCCCUCCUGCUUAUGGCUCCCCACGUCUUCCUUUCUCCCUUCCCUCUCAACCUCCUUCCUCUUAUGUUCCUGGAGGCAUUUAUCGUCCACCAUUGGUUACUUCUACUCCUAUUAAUCCUCCUACCGCUAUCCCUACCAGUGUACCUACGUCUCGUCCUGUGGCCCCUACCAGUGUACCCAUGUCUCGUCCUGUGGUCCCUACCAGUGUACCUAUGCCUCGUCCGGUAGUCCCUACCAGUGUACCCAUGUCUCGUCCGGUAGUCCCUACCAGUGUACCUACGUCUCGUCCUGUAGUCCCUACCAGUGUACCUAUGUCUCGUCCUGUGGUCCCUACCAGUGUACCUAUGUCUCGUCCUGUAGUCCCUACCAGUGUACCUAUGUCUCGUCCUGUAGUCCCUACCAGUGUACCUAUGUCUUAUCCUGUAGUCCCUACCAGUGUACCUACGUCUCGUCCUGUGGUCCCUACCAGUGUACCUAUGUCUCGCCCAUUAGCCCCUACCAGUGUCCCUCCAGUAGUCACAGCUGGGGUGGUUACUCCUUCAGCUCCUCCACAUCCUGUGGCUAGUACACAGCCUUUAUCAACUACUCAAACUGCAGGUGCUACUAGUACUACCUCUUCUGCUGUUGCUGAAACUUACGAUGCUUCAUUCUCAGAGCUUAUUGAGCCACUGAUAGCAAAGAUUGCUGAUGACAUUGAUACUCUAACGGAUAAUAAUCUGGGUUACUUUGACCCGGAAGUUUCCAUGGCAGAUUAUGAAAUACCAAGUUUGGGAUCACUGAAUGGUCUUCAGGGAAAUGUGUUGAGCGAGACUGAGUCUCAUGCCCAAGCAUUGAAUGACAUAGAGAGAAAAUUGAAUGAGUUUGAUAAUGAUGUGAGCAGAUUAGCAGAUAAAGUAUUGAAGGAAUUAUCAGUUUCAGAGGAAACUAGGGUUCGUCUGAUUAAAACUAUUGAUGAUAAGCACAAGGCUUACUGUCAGUCUCAGCCAUUGGAUCCUCUUCUUUCUAAGCGAAUGGACAAAUUAAUAAGCACACAUGCUUUCUUGGACCAGCAGUUGAGGGAGGUCAAUGGUCACCUUGAUAAUGAGCUUGAGAGGAGACAGAACUCACACAGACUCAGAGGAAGGAGCCCAAUGAGAUCACCAAGUGUACAGAAUUAUUACUCAGUUUUACGAAGCCACAAACAAAUCAUAAAGCAACAUAAAGACUCUCUAGGUAGGCUGACGACUGAUUUGAAGAGAUUGAAGCUCCUACCGCAGUCAUGGAGGCCUGUUUAUAUUCCAGCAACACCUCCUCCUCCUGUAGGGGGAGAUGAUUCAUCAUCAGUAUCACAAGUUCAUCCGAGUGGUCCUGGUACUCCUGAUCCUCGGCUCUUGUUCUCUAGUGCUAGGAAAAGAAAGUCAAGUCCUUCCGAUGCUCAAAGGAUGAAAGCUCUUAGCACUCAACUAAAGUCACUGGCUCUCACACCAGUCCGUAAACCAGCCUGCGUCCCAAGACCAAGGGGAAGUUUCAUGUUAGAAACUCAAAGUGAAGUUGACGAUGGUGAAUCAAGUGAUGGGUCUACUACUCCUUCUCCCUCUCCUUCUCCUUCUCCUUCUCCUCCUCCUCCUCCUGCUCCAACCGCACCCCCCCAGCUGGAACUGGAUGAAAGUGACGGUGGAUUGACCAGUGGGCGUAACUCACGUCAGAGCAGCACAAUAAGGAGGAGUGCCAGGGGGGGAGGAGGGAGGAGUGGUCGCAGUAGUGUAUCCAGUGAUAGGUCCAGUAUAUCAGCCACAUUGACUGCUGAUGGGAUUAAAGUCAAUGAGAGAAAGGUUAAUAUACCUUUACCUGCUGCAAGACCUCUCCAUUCGCCAGUGUAUAGGAUGAAACCAUCUACCAAUGUACAGCCUGUCAGGGUAUCUCAUGCCAGUACACAGACCAUUGAUGUACCUACCAGUGUACCAUCUACCAGUGUACCAUCUACUAGUAUGCCUUCUACCAGUGUACCAUCUACCAGUAUGCCAUCUACCAGUAUACCAUCUACCAGUAUGCCUUCUACCAGUAUGCCAUCUACCAGUAUGCCAUCUACCAGUAUGCCUUCUACCAGUAUGCCUUCUACCAGUAUGCCAUCUACCAGUAUGCCAUCUACCAGUAUGCCUUCUACCAGUAUGCCUUCUACCAGUAUGCCUUCUACCAGUGUACCUUCUACCAGUGUACCUACUAGUGUACCCACCAGUAUACCCACCAGUGUAUCUACCAGUGCACCUCCUACCACUACUGGGGCUGGAGCUAGCCCUCCCUCAUAUUCAAGUGGCCCUACUACUCAUACUGGUCCUUCUCCUAGUGCUCCUCCUCUUUCAACUGGCCAUCGUCCUCCAAGUUACAUGUAUUCAAGUAGUCCUGCUCCUCCAGUAUACAUGUAUUCAGGCGGUUCCCGUCCUCCUAUGUAUUCAAGUGGCCCUCCUCCUUCAGUCUAUUCAAGUGGCCCUUCUCCUCCUUCCUUGUAUUCCAGCAGUUCUGCUAUUCCUUCUCAUACUUCAGUUACUAAUUCAUCCAUUGGUUCUACAUCACGGUCUUUCUCUAAUCCUGGGCCUACUUACAAGCCAGCUAGCUCAGCGCCUAUUGGAUCAACAGUAGCACCUCCCACUGGAUCAGUUACAGGAUCCACUCCAGCUUCCACUAAACCAGCUUCAAGCUCUGGUCCUACCACCACUACUCCUGCCAUUAAUUUACCAGUGUUUAGCUUUGGUACUAGUAACGUUCAAGGAUCAACCCCUUUUUCCUUUAUUAAUUCACCAGCUGGUGGUGGGGGUCCGUUUGUUUUUGGUUCUCGUUCUACUCUACCAGCUGGGGGUGGUGCUCCAUCAUUUGUUCCUGGAGGGACCACUCCUUCAUUAGCAGCUGCCACACAUCCUCCUUCCAUUACCAAGUCUUUUUCAAUGCCUCCUUCCUUGACAAUAUCAUCAAGUAGCAGUUCAUCUCUUCCUCCUAGUACAAUUGCUGGUUAUCCUAGACCCUCUCCUCUCUCCAUUGCUACUACUCAUUCUCCAGCUCAACUCUCCACAAGCACAUCUCAAACUGUUACUAGCUCUAUCCCUACUAGUUCUGUUCCUGUUCCUCCUACUAGUUCCAUUCCUGUUCCUUCUACUAGCUCCAUUCCUGUUCCUCCUACUAGUUCUAUUCCUGUUCCUCCUACUAGUUCCAUUCCUGUUCCUGCUACUAGUUCUAUUCCUAAAGCUACCACUACCUCUGGUUCUACUAUGACUCCUGUUUCUAUUACUAGUUCCUCUGCAGUUAUUAGUUCUACUCCUCUAUCUAUAACUCAUACUACUGCUCCUCCUACUAUUACUACUACUGUUACUACUGCUACUGUUGCUGCUGGUGUUAGUAUUUCAGCUUCUAAUGCUCUACCUGUUUCAGUUGUCUCUUCAUCAACUCCAGGGACCAGUUCCUCUUCCACUGGUCCAAUCACUUCAGGUAGCUCUGCUCCAUCUAAUACUCCAUUAUCUGUCCCACCUGCUACUAUUGGACCUGCUCCAACUGCUCCUAGUUCUGUUGGUACUUUGGUUGGUACUUCUAGUGCUGGGGGUCUUGUUACUCAGUCUCAGUUAGGCAUCGGCGGGUAUUCUACUGCUUUGCCUGUUGCAGCUGUUGCUACUAGUGGAUCGGGAACUCCAAUCCAGAGCCCUUCAGAUGAUGAGGCUGAUCAAGAUGGGAUGGAUGAAGACCCGCUCAAUGAUGAUACAUCUAACAGAAAUGGUGCCAGUUUGUUGUCACUUGCUCAAGCAUCUUUCUCUGCCCCUCAACAAGGCUUAGGGAGUACCCCAAGAGCAUCACUACUGCAAGCACCAAAGUUUCAAUCACCAACAGGUGGUGGUUCUGGUCCACCUGGAUUGCUUAGUGGUGGAGGAGGAGGCAUGAGUGGUUUGGGUCCUGGGAGAACUCUAGGAGGAGGAGGAAGCACUGGGUUACUUGGAAAUUCUUCUUUACAAAGCAGUAGCAUUCCUCAGUUUGGCAGUGCUCCAGCGUUUUUAGGUGGAGGAAUAGGAAUGGGAGGAGGAGGUAUGGGAGGAGGAGGAGGAGGUGGAUUAAUGAACAUGAGCAGUCUUACCAGUGGUAUGGGAGGAUUGUUCAGUGGCACUCAGUCCAACAAUACGCCUACAUUUGGAUCACUAGCUCAAAGUGAUAGCAGUCAAGGCAAUGCUUUGGGUGGUGGAAACAGCUCAUUUCCUGGAAGUAACAAUUUAUUCUCUGGAGGCGGACUAUCCAGUGGUGGUAGUAUGGGAUUUACAGGUGGGACUGGAUUUAGUGCUGGGGGUGGUACUCAGUUUAGCACUUAUAGAAAAUAAAUUAAUUAACGUUAUUAAAAUCACAAUUAUCAUUAUUAUUAUUAGUGUUUAUUUGAUUGAGAAACCUUGUUUCUAUAAUUGUGUUCUUUUUUGUUCGCCCAUUGUGCUAUUUUCCUUUUUUUUUGUUUAAUAAAGUAUAACAAAAACGACAACAAGAA